GCUCUGUCAACGCGGUCGCUGCGGCAACCAUGUGAGCCCGCGGAUAACCACACGACAAUUGAUUCGCCAUGCGUCGAUCGAGUUCCAUGCAGGUGCAUUGCGCACUGCCACCACCGGUGCUCGCGCGCCUCGUCGACCGGCACCACUGGGUGCACCCGCUCGCCCGCACCCGCUGCCACGCUUGCAAGGCGUCGCUACUGCUCUUCUGGAAGAAGCGCAACUGCUACCUGUGUGGCCAAGUGGUCUGCGCGUCGUGUCGUCAGCACCUCAUUAUCGAGCAGCCGUCCACCGCCAACAGCAAUAGCAAUGGCCCCUUGCACGCACGCGUCUGCACGGAGUGCCACCACACCUACUUCAACGCACCAGAGCGAGCAAACCAUCAUAUCCCGCCGCCAGAGACAGCGCCCGUGAAACCCCGGGAGACAACCUCGAUCGAGCUGCCCGACCUGCCGACGCGUCGCCUGUACCAGCCGCGUAUGAACGCGCGACCACCCCAGCGCCCAACGCGCAAGUCCGCCUUCGAGUCGCCGCGCCGACAGUCCACUACGCCCAAGAAGCGGGCGUGGCCGUACCAAUGGUGCCCACCACCGGUCGUGCCCCACGAAGGCAAGCGACUGCGUGCGCUCAAGGACCUGCGCAUACUAGACACGCCGCCGUCCGAGAUCUACGACGUACUCUGCGCCCUCGCCGCAAAGACGUAUGCGUGUCCGAUCGCAGGAAUCACCUUUCUCGACGCCAAGCGGCAGUGGUUCAAGGCCCGCGUCGGCCUCAAACAGGCCGAGAUCGCGCGCGACGUCGCACUCUGCGCCCACGCGAUUGCAUCGCCGACGCCGCUCGUGGUCCUCGACACCACGCUGGACGACCGCUUUGGUCAAAACCCGCUGGUCACAGGACCCGCGAGCUUCCGGUUUCUUGCGAGUGCGCCGGUCCGAUUCAGCGGGCACGUUGUCGGCACAGUCAUGGUCGCCGACACGCACGUACGGUCGUUCUGCGACGCCAGCGAGCUCGUCCACGUCGCCACCGCGCUGGAGCGUAUCCUGCAAGAGCACGCUGAGGCGACGCGCCAUGCUGCCGUGUCUACCAACGUCCUUGAAGAACCAAAAUGUCACGAGUAGAAUACAUGCUACAGUAGUAGGUCGUUGUACCUGCGUCAAUAUCGAGGACGAAUGCAAAUGCUCGGUAACGAGCUCGGGGCUGAAGUCUAUCUCUCAAUGAUGUUCAUCUUGG